AAGAGUAAGGAAGUAGGCGUGUGGAGACGCCCAGUAUGUGCUGGGUUACUGAGGCUCCGCCCUGGCGUCGUGUACACAGUUUGCAGAGAGGUGCUUUCAUACGGCGACACUGUACAGCCUGGACACAGGCUUUUAAAAUGGAUUCCGUGUUAAAGGACAGUUACUUGCCCAGUUUUUAUCAUCCUCCUGCCAGCAAAGCACUUUCUGACCUUUUUGAAUCUAGAUCUUCAUCAAGAAAACAUUCAUCUUCAACUGUGAAGGAUCCAAAUUCUCCCACUUACAGUGUUCUAGAAGUUCCUAAUAGCAAAGCUUUGGUGUCGGCUCUAAAAACUCUUCAAGAGAAGAUUUCCCGGUUAGAACUGGAUAAGUUUAAAGCACAGAACUGUUUAACAAGCUUGUCCGUGGAGAACAAUGAACACAAGAAAGCUUUGUCUGAAAAAGAAAAGAGUGAGGCUGCUCAGCGUGAAGCUGCACGGCAGAAAAAUGAUGUAGUUACUCAGCUGAAUUCAGCAGAGCAGCGCUGCUCGCUUCUUGAGAAGCAGCUUGACUAUAUGAGAAAGAUGGUUCACAAUGCUGAAAUGGAAAAGAAUACAGUGCUCGAGCAGCAGACCUUUCUUCAACAAGGAAAUAUACAGGAUAAAUUGGAAAAGCUUGAGUUUUUGGAGAAGGAGUGUCACCAACUUACAGCCACUCAGCAGGCUGCAGAGAACAAGAUUCGUCAGUUAGAGGAGAAAUUGUAUGCAGAGGAACAGCAGCGUAAAUUAAUGGAGAAUAAAGCGUUCCAGCUUGAAAGUGGGCUCGAAGUAAACAGAAUAUUCCUGUCUGCGGCUGCUCAGAAUACUUCCCAGCGGAAGGUGAAGAAAAAGAAGCAAUUACAGCAGAAGAAACCUGCAGUAAGUAAAUCUGCUUCUGAUCUGAGGAUGUCUUUGAAGGCAGGUGAUCUCCCCUUUGUAGCUGGUAAGUCUGCCAGUUCCAGUCAUUCUCUGAGUGCAAAUGUGCAGAGUGUUAUGCACAUGAUAAAGCAUCAAAGUCAGAGCCCACACACUACACUGACCCGUUCAAAAUCUGCAGGACACAAGCCAGUUGGGCUUGCUGGAUCAAGCAGGAGUUCAGCCUGUGCAGCACCCUCUACAGGUGAUAGCCUGACUGAUCUUCUACACGCUCUACAGGGAGAGUUGGAGGACAUGAAUUUUGAACAUGAUGAGCUGUUGAAGCAAAUAAAUGAAACAAAAGACAUUAAUUUGCGUGAAGAUUUAGAACGGGAGAUGGAGUGCCUUGUUAAACAAAUGGAAAACAAAAGUGACCAAAUACUAAAGCUGAAGAGGCAUCAACAAAAUGUUCUUAGACUUAAGAAUGCAGCUUGGUCCAUGAAGAAACUUUCCUCCAAAGCCAGAUCUGCUGUCUCAGGACAGUCUUGCAAAACAGACAGUGAUGUCACACCUGGGAAAAAGCAAGAGGCUCCAGCAAGAGGCACUCCAACCGCCAAUAGCAAUGCUGCCCUGCAGCUGUUAAAAAACGUGCAGAAGAUUCAAACAAAUUUAAAGAGGGAUGAUAUCAUGUGGGAAAAGUGAAUUGUUUUUGUAUUUAUUGCUUUUUGCUGUGUGUGUGUGUGUAUUUCUAAGGUCUACAUUCUCAAUCCUGUGCGUGUACAGUGACUUCCAGUGCCUAUUUAUUGUUAAUAUUUUAAAUAAAGAUUUUUAAUUUGGUGUAUUUGUAUCCAGAAUGACGUACAUAUGUGUAUUUGUUCUAUACUCUCAAUAAUUUAUUAAAUUUUUGUACCACUGCUGAUACAUUUCAAUAAUAUAUGCUCUGUUUAUAUGUACA